CGCGAGGUUCGAAAUAACGACAUGCGAACAAUAUACCUCACUGCUCUUCCUUCCCGAUAGCGUUCUUGUGCCGCACCCACGACAAACACACCAUGUCCAGUCCUUUGGGUCCCUGGGAUCUUACCGACCCGACGCGUCUGUCCCCGUCCUUAUACGAAUCCGGCGUCACUCCUCAAGUGGUCAUAUCGCCUGCAAAAUCCCGAGACCGAACGAAUUCGGCGCAGAAUGCCGACCCGGCUGUCAAUGGAUUAAGAAGAGUGUCACCAGGACAGGCACUGCUGGCUAUACAGGCCGUGGAGUUUCGUGACCGCGAUGUUGAUCAAAUACAAGAGAAAGAACCGGUGAUAGCCGAUGAGAGAUUACUUGUAGCGAUUCGGACAGCUACCGCGGCGGAGAAGGAGCUGGCUAUUCGCGUUGCACAGGCCGCGGAGAGGUUGAGGGGAUGGUGCAAUGAAAUCCAGAAAUGGGGCUGGAGUGGCUCAUUUAAGAUGAGAGACGAGACGGAUGACGAACAUGCCAGAGAGGAAGGCAUAAACAAGGCGGGCAACUUCGAUACGGUCCUAAACGACAAUGGUCCCUUUACCCUUACCCGGAUAAAUCUGCAUCAAACGCGCCUCGAUGACAUACAAGGCUCACUUUCCGGCCUCGAGCUGGAAGACUUGAAAGAUCGCGUCUUGGGCUACUAUUCAAGCCGAUCACGCCCAACCUCCAGUUACUCCCAUGCAAGUCGAACGGAGAGUCAACUCGCGCGCCUCGAAUUGAUGGAUGACAUGCCUCUUUUGACGACACAUCUUCUCAUGCAAUGCUUACCCGACCUCUACUCACUCCGAUCAUCCUUAGAUACAUGGUCUGUCCGAUUGCGCGUGUUAAGAGGCCUGCCACAGUUCCUAGAGUCCCUCGACCAUGCGACGAAAGCCAUGGAGCUUGGCUGGGAAGCUAUCAAGCCAGUUGCCAGCUCUGGCCUCACGGAUACAUCCAUUACCCAACAUGCCGAAGCGUUGACGGUUAUCAAGGGCGUUCUAGAGCAGAAGAUCACCUCGCUAGGCCGAAAGCUGGAUGACAUGCUCGAUGCCCUGGAAGGGUUGGAGGACUCCCUGCCGGACCAGUGGAUCGAUGAUUUUGAAGAUCUUGAAACUGAAUAUGGACGGUGGGCCGUUGAGAGUCGGAAUGGUGUGCUCGAUCUGCAGAUGCGGUUAGUAAAACAGCAGGGACAAGACGUUGAGCAGAGCUCUGUGCCGGAUGAAACUCUGUCCCCGACCGAUAUACAACACCACGAUAUGCUGGCUGGAGGCCCUGCUAUUCUGCCGGACGAAAUAGCGGUAACGCAAGUACAAGACGGCGCCAAAGAGUUGAUCGAGAGUGCGACCACCCAAGACGUUAAUCGUGCAUCAUCCCUAGAACAACCUGCCGCGUCGAAAAUCCAUAGUGCGACAGACACUGACCAAGAAGCUGCCGAUAUUCCAGCGUCACCCGAACCUAUUGGUGAAUCCAGUACUCGGCUACCUGAGCAUGAGCCAGUUAGGGAGCCAUCAGGUGAUGACGACGGCGGUAAAGCCGAUUCUAGGCCUCCGUUUCCACUUAAGAGGGCUUCGGUAACAUCUAUUGGGUCCCUUCCCCGUGCUCAGGUACUGUUGAUUCCCCCUUCCGGCCUAUAUCCACCUCUAACGUCCUAUCUAGGUCAAGAGCAUCAAUAUCCGUCGCAACAGCUCUGGCUCGAUAUUAGGCAUGCCUCAACACACCUCUUCACAAGGAGCCUCCACGGCAACUUCACCUUCCGCUCUUUCAAACGGUCAAAGUCGCCGUACAUCCGAGUCUGACCCCAUCGGAGGUCCUACUACCCAACAAGAGGGCGCUCCACCUCCGGCCCCGGAUCGAUCUGAAGAAGAAGGGGCGCCUAGCAAUGAUCUGAGGCCCACCGAAGGUAGCCGAUAUCGAGCAGGCAGCAUCUCAUCUAUUGCCAGCUCAGCAGCUUCUGACCCAGUCGGUGCAUCAUUCGCUACAGUAGAAGAUUCUCCUCUACGCCAAAAGACAGAUUCCCAGGCGCCACCGUUAGCACUCCGGAUUAAUAAAGCUCGACAACAUAACGAAGGAAUGCGGAACGGCUCCAAU